AUGAAUUGUUCAAACCCAUUGGGUUCAAGCAGAAGAGCCAAGGCAGGAGUCCCUCGUCACGUACGAACUACUAUCAACUAUUACCGAGACCCAGGCGACGGUACGGAACAUGCCCCAAGUAUUGCCGGGAAGAGAAGUACAUUCAAUCAACCCUCUAUCGACUUGAAUACCACGAUUACCGACAUUACCGGGAGUGAGCACAAAUACACACUAGACAGCCAUGGCUUUCAGCUUUGUUCCCACGUAAGCCAGGAGAAGACAUUUGACAGUGAGGAACGGAUCAAGCAAGUCUACUAUACCGAGGUUCAACAACUGGUCUUAAAGAUGACUGGUGCUUCUCGACUGCACAUAUUUGACCACACAAUUCGGCGACCGAACCCUGUUGCCUCCCACUCCGACGAAGAGCGUCGGCCAGUAAGGCAAGCACACAUUGAUCAGUCUGAAUGGGCUUCAAGAAACCAGGUUAUCCGACAUAUGGGGCAAGACGCCACCCGGCUUCUCCAGUCACGCUUCCAGAUUAUCAAUGUUUGGCGCCCCAUCAAAACAAUUCGCAAAGACCCGCUGGCAGUUUGUGAUUCUCAAUCAGUCCCUGAUAGGGACAUUCUUCCCAUAAAGCUGAUUUACCCAGAUUGGGUGGGAGAGCCAUGCACGAUGCUACCCAACAAUGAUCAUUGUUGGUACUACAAGCAUAACCAGACGCCAGAGGAGGUGAUGCUCUUCAAAUGUUACGAGUCGAAAACAGAUGGACGUGCGCGAAGAGUCCCACAUGCGGCGUUUACAGACCCCGAGACAGUUGAUGAAGAGCCCAGGCAAAGCAUAGAAGUUAGGGUGCUGGUUUUCUACGAAGACGAUAUAGAUAUGCCAUGA